CUGUGCUGUAGUCGACGAACGAGCAACAAGUCUCUUAGUGUGAAACUGAAUUAGAAAAAGAAAGGCCGAACUACGACUUCUUGGAUUAAGACAAACCCUUACUUUCGAGUUCCCAACAGGAUUUAGGAGGAGGAGGAGAACUAAAGGAGGACGUGGACUGCUCUGAAACAGAGUGAAGGGAUCAUGGCUGCCCUGUUUACUGAACUGCCCUCCUAGACUUGCCUGAUAUACAGAGAAAAAUCCCUAAACAUCCCUUGAAUUCACACAAACACACCCACUUUUGACUCUUGGUGUGUGUGAGGGAUGACAACCUCCCAUCUGAACGGCCAUGUGGCUGGAGAGGGAGGAGGAGGAGGAGGAGGAGGAGAUGAAGAGAUGAGGGGAGGACAGCAGCACCGGGAAAUGGCCGUCGACUGUCCGGGAGAACUGGGGAGUCGAACACUACCUCUCCGACGAUCUGCGCAGCUGGAGAGAAUACGACAGCAACAGGAGGAUCUUCGUCGUCGUAGAGAGGAGGAGGGUCGACAGCUGGACCUGAAUGCCUCGCUCAGACUUAGGAAGCUCUCCCAGCAUCCCCACAUCGGAAUCGACAACCCCACAUUCCUGCAAGACACGUACACACCACAGCAGCCAGCACUCGGCAGUCAGCAUCCACACACACUGCUGGAGUUGGAGGAGCUGCUGCUAUCGCUGAAGCACGUCCGGGGCUGCCUGUCUGACCAGCAAAGUCACAAUGACAUAGAGCUGGUUCUUGCACUACUAAACAAGUCUGACUUCCAGUCAGCGCUGAAGAUCCAUAAUGCAGUUUCCACCAGCAUGCACCGACCCUCUCCUCCAUAUCCACACACACACCAGGCACUUCAGCUGGCCAUGGAGGUCAGGAAUCUCAUCCAGCCAAGUCAGAACAAAGAGGGUCUCGAACUCCACAGCCUGCUAUCAGACACACACAUCCAGUCAUUGCUCCUAGCCCAUGACAGCAUAGCAGAGAGGGAAAUGCAGCCUGAGCCGCUGCCAGCCCAAAGAGAAGCUCUGACCCAGUGGGGAGGGGAGACUGUCAAGAUAGUUCGCAUAGAGAAGGCCCAAGACAUACCACUGGGGGCGACUGUUCGUAAUGAAAUGGACAGUGUGGUGAUAAGCCGUAUUGUUCGAGGUGGAGCAGCUGAACGCAGUGGACUUCUAUCUGAAGGAGAUGAAAUAUUGGAGAUAAAUGGAAUAGAGAUCAGAGGGAAAGAUGUCAACCAAGUAUUUGAUAUUCUUGCGGACAUGCACGGUCUCCUGACCUUUGUGCUUAUUCCCAGCCCUCAGAGCAAACCCCCUCCCAUCAAAGAGAAUGUGAUCCACGUGAAGGCACAUUUUGACUAUGACCCAUCAGAUGACCCCUAUGUGCCGUGCAGAGAGCUGGGCUUGUCCUUCCAGAAAGGAGAUAUUCUCCACAUUAUCAGCCAGUCAGACCCCAACUGGUGGCAAGCUUACAGGGACGGAGAUGAGGACAACCAGCCACUAGCUGGACUGGUACCAGGGAAGAGUUUCCAGCAGCAGAGAGAAGCCAUGAAACAGACCAUAGAAGAAGACAGGGAGCCUGAGAAGUCUGGGAAGCUGUGGUGUGCAAAGAAGAACAAGAGGAAGAGAAAGAAGCUGCUGUACAACACUCACAGGAAUGAUGAUGUUGAUAAUGAGGAGAUUCUCACCUAUGAGGAGAUGGCUCUAUACCACCAGCCAGCCAACAGAAAGCGGCCAAUUGCACUGAUCGGUCCAACCAGCUGCGGACAGGCAGAGCUUAGACAGAGACUGCUCAACAACCAACCAGAGCGGUUUGCUGGAGCUGUACCUCACACUACACGGAGUCGUCGAGAAGGCGAGUUGAAUGGUCGAGAUUACCACUUUGUGUCUCGUCAGACCUUUGAGGCAGAACUGUCGGCAGGAAAGCUGAUCGAGUCUGGUGAGUUUGAGAAGAACCUGUAUGGGACGAGUACUGACUCUGUGAGACAGGUCAUCAACACUGGAAAAAUCUGUGUGCUCUGUCUGCACACACAGGCUCUAAAGGUGCUGAGAAAUUCAGACUUGAAGCCUUACAUCAUCUUCAUAGCUCCACCCUCCCAGGAAAGACUGAGAGCCCUAUUGGCUAAAGACAACAAAAGCCCCAAGCCCGAGGAACUGCGUGAUAUUAUUGAGAAAGCUCGGGAGAUGGAGCAGAACUGCGGUCACCUGUUUGACGCUGUCAUCGUCAACACGGACCAGGACAAAGCCUACAACGAGCUGCUACGACUCAUCAACAAACUGGACACUGAACCCCAGUGGGUGCCCUGCUCCUGGCUGCGCUGAAAACAUGUCGACACGUCUUCACACACCACAAACAGAGAAGAUAAUGAAGUACACAUUUCUAGAGAUUUAACAGACUGGAACUUGAAAGGCUGUUUGACUUUCAGUGGAGUAUUAAUGUAAAGCCACUGUUAAGAGAAAACGAAUCUGAAAUUUUGAAAGUCACAGUGUUGAGAUAAAGUUGUAAUUUUAUGAGAAAUCAUCUCAAUGUUACAACAUAAAGUUGUAAUUUUUAUUAUAUAUACUGCCCUUUAAGGCAUGCUUUCUGCUUUUGAGCUGUCUUUUGACUCUUCUUAAUAAAAUUGCACCAUCUUGUAAUAUUAAGUCAUAUGAGUACAAUUUUCCAGUUUGAUAAGAAAAACUCAAACUGUAAGAGCAAGAAGUUGUUUACUUGAAAAAUUCAUAAAAGUUUGAUUUCAAAAGAACAAAGCCAUAAUAUUACAUCGAAAAAGUGGUGAUUUUGAGAGCAAAAUUCUGAAUGUUAUGAUAAAAUCAUGCUGAUUAGAUGAUAUGUGCAUGUUUGACUAUGUCCUCAGGACUACUGUAUCAGGAUAUUUUGACAUUCAUCAUUUUCACUCAAAGUAACUUCAUUCUCAUCAUUUGGACUUUUUCUUGUGAUAUGUCUUUUUCUUCUGAAAUGUUGACUUAAAGUAAUCCCACGGCUUCUAAACAACUUCAGGUAAUGACUUUUUCUCAAAAUUGUAAAAUUACAAUUCUCAUUAAGACUUUUUCCACAUAAAACUGAUUUUGGUUUCUUUUUCUUUUUUUCUCAUAAAAUUACAACUUCAUUGUUGAAACACCAUGACUUUUCCUGUAAUUCAGACUUAAUUCUCAUAACAUACUUUAAUGGAAACCUCAGAUUUUAGUGUUUAACACUGACCUUCUUCCUGUAAUGCACUGCAGAGAGUAGAUACUCAGCACACAAUCAGCAUCUUUUAGAAUGUCUUGACCUGGUGGCAUUCAUCAUGAGAAAUACAUAGAAUUUCAUGUUCCUGUCUGACAGUCCUGAAAGGGAGGACAUUCACAACAAACUGAUGUUGGAUAGUGCCUGUGGUCCAUGUUUUCCAAUGUUUUUAUUCAGCAUGGAUGGAUGGAUGGAUGGAUGAUACCUUUGUCAUCACAAUUCUUAGUUAGAUCAAAAUAUGGACCUUUUUAUUUUUGUUCUUUCUCAGAGAUGUGGGGCCUCAUUUAGGAUAGAUUCUUUGAUUUUAUCUUGUGUUUAUUUCAACCAUUAUGAUUAAAAAUAUUUAAAUUAUGACAGUCAAUUAUUUUGUUAUUAUUUUAAUAUUCUGCAGUGCUGAGAAUCAAUGUAAACAUUUGAUUUUGUAUUCAAGCUUCUUAAUUUUUAUUUUAAAGAACUCUGGCUUGGAGCGCAGACUGUACAAAUGAGGCCCCUGGUGAGGAGUAAAUGUGAAAUUUACACAGACAUCAAGUGCAGUCUGAAUCCACACUGAGCCACUGCAUUUAUUGCAAUGAGGAACACUCACUACCACAAAUUGUGUAUAUACUGUGUACACCAUAACAGUGCAUUAGAUAUUGACUUUCCUUUGUACUGGGGAGUCUGAAGCUGCAGCCUUUUGAACCCUGGCUGACUAUUUGGUCUCUUACUGUUAAAACAUACACUAUUGCAAUAAAUGCUAAAAGGACACAGCACUUGAUAUUUCCUGGCUGACUUUUAUUUCCUGCCAGUUUUGUCUGACUGACAUGACAUACUAACUUGUCAGCUGACUCGUUCUAUCCCUGAUCACAUCUGAGUAGAAAUUACUUCUGAGCCUGAAGUGUAACAAAAACCUGUAAGUUGUAGUUUUUAGCUGUGCUCCUGAUCGGAGGACAUGAUGCUGUAUUCAUUCUGUAUUUAGUGUUUGUGUGAAUGGACGUGUCUUCCUGUCUUUGAAGACAGUGAAGUAGUAUUGUGACCUGAAGUAGACCUGACACCACAUCACUGUUAUAACUUGGUAGAGCAUUUAUAUAUAUUUGUAUAUUAAAAAUAGAUUUAUUAAGUCCAGAAAGCACCAAUAGGAUUGCAGGAUUUUGCCUCCCUGCUGUUGAUCCAGGAGGAAGAGGGGGUGAGACUAAGUGUAAUUAACUAUUGAAUUAAAUUUAAGGACACCACUUCUUGUUUAUCUGACAUUGCUUCUUCCUGAGAAAACCUGCUUUUUGUAUGAAUAUUCACAAUGAAUAAAUCGAUGAUUG